UUUCUUGCGUAAAGAUACUUUUUUUGAGCAUAGUAAAUUUCAAUUACAACAAAUAUUAGAUCUUAUGUUGUUUUGGUGUCAGGGUUUAGACUCACACAAAUUCGUUUAACGUAACAUUCAAAUAUUAGGUGAUGCUAGUAUAGUGGAUUGGAAAAACUGUAUUCAAGACUUGUGCGGAGAGUAUUUUAUUCGACAUCCAGCAGUGAUAGGCGGUGUAAGUCAGGUUGUCGAAAUAGACGAGAGUGCAUGGACAAAGCAUAAGUAUAACAGAGGUAGAGCAGUAGCAACUCAAUGGGUUUUUGGGGGCAUUGGCCGUGACACUCGCGAGUGUUUUGCUAUUCCUGUAGAUCGUCGAGAUGUGUCAACAUUACUACCACUCAUUUAUCAAUUCAUUUUACCUGGUACUACAAUUUAUAGCGAUCAAUGGGGUGUAUACAAUUCAAUCAUUAAUGUUAAUAAUGGUCCCAGUCGUUAUACUCACGCAACUGUCAAUCAUUCACUUAAUUUCGUAGAUCCAACAACAUUAGUUCACACUCAAUCCGUCGAAAACAUGUGGAUGCUGAGUUUAUGUGGCGUCGUAAAUUUGAAAAUCGCUCUUUUGAAAACUUAA